AUGGAUGGCGACGAGUCGAUUGAAUUCCAUGCUCUUUUGAAAACACUGCCUCUGGUGUUAAAUUCCAAUUCAGUUAAGCAUUAUAAAUCUGGGCAUCACUUUGAAUCACCAGGACGGAAACGACAACGGAUUGAUUCAGCCAAAGAGAGCCAUAAGAGUAAUAAAUUAGGAAGAUCUAUAUAUUCCAAUCAUAGCGAUAAUAUGCUAGGUCGGUUGUCGCAAGUUGAGGGUAAUCAGCUGCUCCGAUUACUCAAAUUAAGCAAAUCAAUCGAGCAGAAGAAUGACGAAAUAGCACAACUAAAUACAAAGAUAAUGACGUUAAAAACGCAGAAAGCUAACCAGGAGUUUGAGAAUUUCAAGUUGGAUGACGAGUAUUUGAAAUGGAAAGAACUGGCGUCAAAUAUUAGUGAUGAUAUCGACGAGUUAAAGCACCACGAACAGGAGUCGUUAAAAACGUUGCAAGACAAGUACGAAUUGAUGUCGAAACAACUCAAUAUUGCACACGAGGAGAAGCUCCAGGUCUUGAAGGAACAAAUAAGUCUCCUGAUAGAGAAGGUGAUUAAUGAGAAUGUGUAUAAAUAUCAAGCAGAGAGGCACCAGUUGUCGGAAAAAUGUGAAGAUCUUGAGAAACUGAUAAAAGGGCAGGAGCAGGAUUUGAAUCGGAAACUUAUCAAACUUAAAGAAGAACAUAAUAAAAAAUUGAUCCAAUUGAGUUCGAAUAUGGACGAGACAGUUGUGGGUCUCCAACGUGAUAUUGAAACCUUGAAUAACGAAACUGUUUCCAAAUCAGACGAAUAUGAAAAUCUUACCAAUGAUAUAUCGAAGGGCUUGUAUGAAGUUAAUUCAGACUUAAAUUCUAAAUUGUAUGAAUUAAAAUCAAAGUUUCAUAAUAAAGAAAUGGAAAUAGCUAAUUUGAAGAAUAAAAUAUCUAGUAUGAAGACCACAAGCGAGCAUAUCGAAAGAUCUUUUGAAGACAAAUCUAUGAGUAUUAAUGACUUUAAUAAGAAAGCCGAAAUGAUUAACGUUCAAUUAGCUGGCCAAGAAAAUGUAAGACGUGUGCUACAUGAUAAACUUCAACAGCUCAAAGGAAAUAUCCGUGUAUUCUGUCGUAUACGACCACAACAAAUGUCUAAUAAUAAAGGACCUGAUAAGGAGAACCUUAUCUCAAUGGAUUUCAGUGAUGAUGACUUCAAUGAUGAUGCAAGCCAAGACUUGGUAAUUUCAAAGGACCCAUUUGAUGAGAACACAGGUAAUGGGCAAUCAUCAUAUUCAUUACACCAAAGUAAAAAAAAUAACAUGUCCUAUAAAUUUCAUUUCGACAAGAUAUUUCUGCCAGAUCUGCUAAACGAAGAUAUCUUUGGGGAACUUUCUCAACUAAUUCAAUCAUCUUUGGAUGGGAAAAAUGUAUGCGUUUUUGCCUAUGGUCAAACUGGUUCAGGUAAGACGUGGACAAUGUCACAUCCUGAUACAGGUAUGAUCCCACUUUCAAUCCAGAUGAUCUUUGAUAAUAUCCAAGAGUUAUCGUUGAAAGGUUGGUCAUAUUCUGUUGAAGGGCAAUUUCUUGAAAUUUACAACGAAACAAUAGUUGAUUUACUAUCUCCUGUCGGUAAUUCAAAAAAACAUGAGAUAAAGCACGAUGAUAUAAAUGAUAAAACAUCUGUGACAAACGUAGCGACUAUUAAUGUAACAUGUAAGAAUCAAGCAAAAUCAAUUUUAGAAAAAGCAUCAAAAAACAGAUCGACAGCCUCUACUAGGUCAAAUGAACGAUCAUCUAGGUCUCAUUCAAUAUUUAUUUUGAAGCUACUUGGUAAAAAUAUUGAAACUGGUGAAACCAGUGAGGGUUCAUUGAAUCUUAUUGACUUGGCUGGUUCUGAAAGAUUGAAUAGUUCACAAGCGAAAGGCGAGAGGUUGAAAGAGACGCAGGCAAUUAAUAAAUCAUUGUCUUGCCUAGGAGACGUAAUAUAUUCAUUGGGUCAACAACAGCAAAGUGGCCAGAGCCAACAACACAUACCUUAUAGAAACUCAAAGCUUACAUAUCUCUUGAAGCAUAGUCUUGGAGGAAAUUCGAAAACAUUGAUGUUUGUCAAUAUUUCACCAUUAUCCAAGAAUUUUAAUGAAACCGUUAAUUCGCUCAGGUUUGCUACCAAAGUUAAUUGCACAAAGAUUGGUUCUAGUAAGCCUAAUUCGAGAUAA